AUGCGAUAUCAAGUGGCUGUAUGGAAAGACACGUUAGUAGCCAGAGCGUCGAAAGACAAGGCCGAAGAUUUUUCGGAGAAACCGGCGAGUGCGGCGUCUGCGGGUGCGAUCCCUCAAUGGCUGCGAGAUGCAGUCAGAGAGGCAGGGAAGAAGGCUGACGCAGGACGAGACAGAGGCGACCACGGUGAAGACGACGAAGACAAAGACAACGCAGGCGAUCUGUUGACUCCGUCGGCGCCGUCCGAAGCAGGCGAUUCGCCGAAUGCCCCGGGCGGAGACGCCUCGUCUCUUUCGGCUGCGCUGCCUCUCUCGGAGGGGCGUCCUUUCGGCGAGGCUUCGCCCUCUGGUUCCCCCAGCCCCGACUUGCCGCCGCUGGAGGUACAAGUCAAGCAGGCAGUCACGGAGAUCCUUUCUGCGGUAACCGACGACGUUCUUCGCGAAGUCGCGCGCGAGGCGAUAAGCAACUACCGCAGAAAGCAACGCAUCACGGGAAAGACGUCGAUUGGUUUGAAGCUCCACGUCGGCGGGUCCGGCGGAUCGGCUAGCAUCUUCUCGGGGACCGAACCAGGCCUAGACACCGUGAAGGGAGGCGCAUCCUUCGAGGACGGGGAGGGCGCGUCUGAACAGAAGCUUUCGGGACGACUCUCCACGGGACGCGUGGGCGAUGGCGCGAACGCGGGACGGCCUCGAGACACGCGCCGUGACUCGAAGACGGGCGGGAAACGCGGGAAAAACGAGAAAGAGGCAAGCAGGGGGGACGAGGGGGAUUCCGACAGCGACACCAUGGAAGACGACCAACUCUUCUCUCUCCAACCCGUCUCCGGACCGUAUCGCCCCCCGGCGAUUGCCACGCCGCCGCCGGCAGGCCUCGUCCAAGUUUUCAUCUACGAGCACGGCCGCGAGAUCGGCCGCGUGCCGUUCGAAGCGUCGCACCUCAUUUGGGGCAGCAGUGGAAAGCAGGCGAACAUCCGCGAUCGUCAUUCUUCUGUUGCAGGCCAGCACUGCAGCGUCUUCUUUGCCGUGAAGCAAUUGCACCAGCAAGGCGGGUGUUUCUUCUUCUGUCCGCUGGCGGGCGACGCGCUCCUGGUGCCGAACGCGAAGGUUCCCUUUCUCGCGUCCAAUUUAGCUAAAGGCGACAAGAGAGGAAAGGGCCGAGGCGCGAAACGGAGCAGCGCGGAGGAUUUCUCCGCCUGGAAGCCCGCAGAAGGAGACGGAGUCCGCGUCAAGGCCGGCGACGAACGUGUUGCGCUGAUGGACCAUCGAAGCUGCUUCAUGCUCGGCGACUCUUCGUCGCGACUCUACUUCAUCGACGUCACGGACUUGCCGACGAAACUGAGGAAAGCAGAGGAGAAGGGGAAGAAGCCAGAGCUCGAUCGAAGCCGCAACCGAGGAAGGUCUCGCAGUCGGGGCAGGCACUCGAGGCGUCGCUCUUCAGUGGAUUCGAGUUUGAGCGGCAGUGAGCGGUCUUCGCGCACUCGGAGCAGCGCGCGGUCGAGCGUCAUUCCUGACUCGCGUUCUUCCAAAUCGCGUUCGUUUGUCUCUUCCAAGGGCCGGGAUGCAUCCCGGAGCCGUGGCUCGAGCGAGGAAAGUCGCUCGUCUUCGCGGCGGAGCAGCCGAGACAGCCGAGACCGACGGAGUUCGCGUGCCGGUUCUUCGCAGUCAGGCAGGAGUGCGCGGAGCCGCCGCGGAGGAUCUUCUGGAAGAGAAGAGUCUGAGCGCAGGGGGAAAAGCCGGUCGCAGGUGUCCGGUAGGGGGGCGAGCGACGAAGAGACAGAAGAAGCGUCGGCGAACAGACGCGCCGCGAACAGCCUCCUGAGCAUCAGCCGCAAGCAAAAGGCUGAGGGACGCGCCGCGGAGAGGGGAAGUGAGAAGCGCAGGGGAAGCGAGGACGAUUCGGGCAAGAGCGACUCGGGCAGAAGUGCGUCUGAGAGCCGGUCGCCGUCCAGGGCGUCGAGCCGUGGCUCCGCGAGAAGUUCGUCUGAAGAGCGGAGCAGAGGCAGCGGAAAGGCGAAGCGCGACGGAAAAGGCUCACGGCGCGAAUCUGUCUCCAGCGACGCGAGUUCGGCGAGCGAGCGGACAAGGCAGGAAGAGAGAGAGGAAGAGAUGAGCGCGAGUGAAAAGAGAGACAGCGAGGAGAGUGGCAGUGAAGAGCGAGGAAGACGGGUCGGAACAGCCGAGACGCGCGGCGGCCGUUUCUCGCGUCAGUCUUCGCUGCGCGCGACGGACGAGAAGAAGCGAAAGAGAAAGACCCAAGACGAAGGAGAGAGGAAGAGGCGAAGGAGCAAAGAUGACGAAGAGACAGAAGGGGAACGGAAACACAGGAAGAUGGACGGUCACGAGAAGGACCGAAAGGCCCAAGUGAAGAAGAAGCACGGGUCGGACGAGACCGAGAAGAAGAGGGGCGGCUCGGAAAAGGAGAAGCACGGCAAGAAGGAGAGCAAGAAGGAAGACAAGCACAAGCGCUCCGCUUCUCACGCGGAGAGCUCGCGCAAGAGGAACACCGACGAAAAGGAAGACAAAAAACAAAAAUCCAAGACGCAUGAGAAAGACAAGAGUGAAAAGCGUACGAGAGGGGAGAAGGAGGAGAAAGAGAAGAAGGAUUCGAAGAAGGGGUCUGUCAAAGAGUCGAGUCGAAAAGAUGACAAGAAGUCGCGCCGGUGA